AUGCUCACAAGAUAAUAAUCCAGAGAAUAAAUGUCUACUUAAAAGAUAAAGCAACAAAAUUCUUAUAUUAAUUCAAGUCAUUCAACUGAAUAAUCAGAAAAUGUCUUAAUUGAAAUUUUAGAAUUAUUAGAUACAGGAAAUAAAGUCUAGGUAGAGACUGAUUAUCUUGAAAUUCCUUUAGAUCCUUAAUUGAAAAGAAUAGUUGAUUAUAAUAAUUGUUAUAAUAAGGAGUUAUUUGACUCUUUAAUCAAUGACCAAAUAGAUUUAGGUAAUUGUCUACUAAACCAUCAAAUCAGAGAUUGGGUAAGAGGAAAAAUGGUUGAUUGGAUGAUUUAAGUAUUCGCCUCCAUUCAAUCCAAAAAUGAAACUACUUUUUUCAGAGCUGUAAAUUUGAUGGAUGUUUUCCUGAAGAAUUCUUAAAAUUACACUGAUUAAGAUCUUUAUUUAAUAGGUGUCACUUGUAUAUUCAUUGCUUCUAAGAUUGAAGACAUUAAUUGUUUAAAAAUUAAAACUAUAACUGAAAAUCUAUCACAUAAUAAAUUCUCAUAAUAUUAAAUCAAAUAAAUGGAAUCAAUAAUAUUAUAAACUUUGAAUUAUGAUAUUAAUUUUCCAACUGUUUAUGAUUAUUUAUAAUAUCUAAGAUAUUAAUUAUUUGGAUUGUCUGAAAAGUAUUGAAUUAAUAAUAUAUUAGUUAAUCUGUCAUAGUCAUUAAUGAAACUGCUGAUUAUAUUCUAAAAAUGUGUUGUCAUGAUUCAUAAUUAAUGUAAUAUAAAUAAAUGCUUUUGGCUGCCAGCAUUUUAGGAUAUACAAUUUAUAAUUAUGUAGAAUUACAUUUUUCCAAAUUAGGAGAAAAAUUAAAAAAAUAAUUAUUAUAUACAGUAAAUUUAUUAAUAAUAUCAUUUAGUAAAAUAAUCUCUUAAGAAUUGGAUAACUUGAAUUAGCUGAUUAUUUGAAUUGUCUUUCAAAAGUGGAAGAAUUAAUUUAGUGUUUUCACUCCAAGUAUCCACUCUAUAACAACUUAAAACAAUUUAAUUGA